AUGUCUGUCCGUCGGGGAAUCUGUCUGUCUCUCUGAGUGUCUGUCGGGAAAAGUACCAGGCUGUCUUUCUGUCUGUCGGGAAAAGUUUGCCUGUCUGUCUGUCUAUCGGGAACGUGCGUGUCUGUGUGUCUGUGUGUCUGUGGUCGGCCAGGCGGUGGUUUGCUUCUCUUCAUCGCUCCGGGCAAGUUUCGAGAGUCGGGCAGCGGGCAGUGUUGGGGGGCGGGGGGCGGGAGGCAAGGUCAGGCACGGGGAAUGAGCCGGGGGGUGAGGGGUUGGGGGCUGAGGAGUGCCGCGGAGGUAUAAAGGCAUGCUGGCGUGCAGGAUGGGCACAGCGCCUCCGCCUCCACCCGCUGCACGACACGCACUCCACACUCACGCCCUCCACCAUGAGGCUCACGCUCCAUCUCCUCCUGCCUGCUGCCCUGCUGGCCGCCGCGGCCGCCGACAAAGGCUUCGGCAGCGGCAACGGCCCUGCCACCAGCUACUCCGCGCCCUCCGCCAACGGCAACGGCUUCGGCGGCGCCAACGGCAACGGCUUCGGCGGCGCCAACGGCAACGGGUUUGGCGGCAACGGUCCCGCCAACACCUACUCGGCGCCCUCCGCCAACGGCUUCGGCAACGGCAAUGGCAACGGCUUCGGCGGCGCGCCCAGCAACACCUACGGGCCGCCCGGCGGCGGCUACGGGUACGAGGACCCCCUGGCCGCGUUGGGCGACAACAUCCCAGGGGGCGGCGAGCCCGGCGUGGACUACCCCGUGCUGGCCGCCGUGCCCGACACGGGCUUCUCGUGCGACGCGCAGACGGUGCCCGGCUACUACGCCGACGCGGCGCCCGAGGCGGGCUGCCAGGUGUUCCACAUCUGCCAGGACCGCCCCUCGGGGCGCCGCCAGCAGGACUCCUUCCUGUGCCCCAACGGCACCGUGUUCAACCAGCAGUACUUCGUGUGUGACUGGUGGUUCAACUUCGACUGCAGCCUCGCCGAGGGCCUGUACUCCGUCAACGAGGAGGUGCUGCAGGCCGCGCUGGCCGCGCAGGGCCAGGGCGCCUACGCCUACCCCGCUCCCGGCGGCGUCAACGGCCUGGGCCUCGGCGGCGCCAACGGAGGUGUUAGGAACGGCAACGGCGGCAGGAACGGCGGCGCCAACGGUUAUGGCAACGGCGGCGCCAGGAACGGCAACGGCAACGGCAACGGCGGCGCCAAUGGUUAUGGUGCCAACGGCAGCGGCAGGAACGGCAACGGUGCUCCCUCCACCUCCUACGGCACGCCCUCCAACGGUAAUGGCAACGGCGCCAACGGCUUCAGCAACGGAGCACCCUCCACCGCCUACGGCACGCCGUCCAACGGCAACGGAAGGAACGGCAACGGCGCCAACGGGUACAGUAACGGGGCACCCUCCACCUCUUACGGCACUCCCUCCAACGGCAACGGCAGGAACGGCAACGGCGCUCCUUCCACCUCCUAUGGCACUCCUUCUAACGGCAACGGCGUUCCCUCCAACGGCAACGGCGGCAGCAACGGCAGCGGCGCCCCCUCCACCUCCUAUGGCACUCCCAGCAACGGCAACGGCAGGAACGGCAACGGUGCCAACGGCUACAGCGACGGCGCGCCCUCCACCUCCUAUGGCGCCCCCUCCACCUCUUACGGCGCCCCUGUCUGAGCCUUCCUCCCCCACACCGGCCCUUCCCCAACAGACUGACCACUGACCCCAAAAGAACCGCGAUAAACCCCGAGAAAACCCAAACAAACCCAAAAGAAAGCAAACAAACUCUCCCCCAAAAAAAGCAAACCCCAAACAGACCCUCUCCCCAAAAACACAAGACCCCAAACAACCCCAAACGAAUCCAGACACCCAUUUCUCAACACACCCAUUUCUAACACCAGUCGUUCCUCCCCAGCCCUGAUCUCUCUAACACAACGGAAUCCUGUCCCGGCAAAAAGACCCAUUCCCCAUUCCCCAUUCCCCCAGCACCCCAACGUCGCCCACACCUGAAGAGUCCAUGGUACAAGACACACCUUCCUGCUGAUUAGAUGCGUCGCUAGCUUACCUGUCCACCUUUACCUGUAUGAUUUAUUAAUAUAUUGAUCUUUUCACCACUAAGUUUGAAAUUCUCGCUUUUUUUUUUUGCUUUUCGUACAUUUUAUUUAUUGUUUCUUGUAGUUUGCGUGUAUUAUUUAUUAAUUUAUUAUAUUUUUGUCAAUCCAAUUUUCGUUUUUCUAUUUAUUUAUUUAUUUUUUUUAUUUAUUGACUUAAAACUGUAUGCGUAUUUAGUUUGUUGCAUGUUCUCUCUCUCUCUCUCUCUCUCUCUCUCUCUCUCUCUCUCUCUCUCUCUCUCUCUCUCUCUCUCUCUCUCUCUCUCUCUCUCUCUCUCUCUCUCUACACCCCUUCUUCAUUCCUCUUACAACUAUUAUUCUUGCUCUUCCUCCUCUCCUUUCCUUCUUUACCUCCUCCUCCUGCUCCUCCUCCUCCUCCUCCUCCUCGUGCUCCUCCUUGUAGAGAACAAGUAUUUGACAGUGAAAUUACAAAUAAAUCAUACAGUUA